AUGCCGCUGCUGUCUUGUUCCGUUUCGUCGGCUUCAUCAUCAACGACGAUAGCAGCCGGAACAGACGGCUACAAAUACAUUGGUUGUUACAAUGAGACCACCGCCGCCCUCUCGGGAACAGGUGGUAGUGGAACUAGGGCGCUGUAUGGCGGGAUCAAUGAGGUGUUGCCGGGGGUGAUGACGGUGGAGAAAUGUUUAGGGUUUUGUAAGGGUGGGAUGGAAAAUAAAGGGUAUCGGUUUGCUGGGUUGGAGUAUUCGAGAGAAUGUUGGUGCGCCUCUCAACUCUUCUCUCUCUCCUCCAAAGUCGCCGAUGCCGAGUGCAACUUGCCCUGUGACGGGGACGAGAGCCAAGUCUGUGGAGGAAAUUUGAGGAUCAGUGUUUACGAUCUGGAAGGUGAUGUUGAUUCUGUUGCUGCUGGUGGUAAGUCAACUAGACUUGUCUUGGAGCUGGUGUUGGUGGUCGGGGGAACGGUGUUUGCGCGGCUGUUAUGGUGAAAUGGUUUCUGUAAGUCGUUAGGUGGAGGAGAAUAAUAUAUUGAUAUGAUGC